AUGUCAUACUCUAACCUGGACUUGAUCAAUCAAGUCGACUCAGUUCCUUAUACUCCCCAACCUGUUGACGCAUACUAUGAGUUUCGAUCCCAUGAUUCAAAGGCUGUUCUUGGAUAUAUUCUUCCAGAAGUAGCCAAGAAGCUCAACUACCCAGAUACGUUCACGGUAACAGGACCCACUGCUAACCAGCGAGGUGCCGUAACAAUCAACUCUUCAUUAGAUUCGGCAGAAAAGCGAAGUGAAGCCAUUGCCAAAGUCUUAGAGGAUCUUAAAGAGAACAAAACCUUCCAGGUAUUGCAAGGUUGGAGAAAUGAACUAUAUACCGUUUAUAACCCGACCCAUGUACCUUAUUUUCUGAUCGAACGAGCAGGUUCUGGUCUAUUUGGAAUUGUUACAUACGGAGUGCAUCUUGUGGGAUAUCAGCCAGCUACUGAAACGAGUCCACUUAAGAUCUGGGUACCUCGUAGAUCAUAUACUAAGGCAACAUAUCCUGGUAUGCUUGACAAUACCAUUGCCGGAGGCAUUGGAUAUCCUUGUGGGGUUCAUGAGACUGCUAUAAAAGAGGCUUAUGAAGAGGCUGGUCUAGACGAAGAAUUCAUGGAAAAGAAUCUUCGUCCUGCCGGUGUGGUGACCUAUUUCCAUCAAGUCAACAAUCACUUUUUCGAUUCUGAAGCUAGCUCGCGUUCCACAACCACAAAGGAUGAAGCCACAUACCAACCAGAAGUGGAAUUUAUUUAUGAUGUUAUUAUGGCUGGCGAUGUUAAACCCCGUCCUGUAGACGGCGAAGUGGCUGAGUUUUAUCUCAUGGAUGUCGAGACGGUUAAGCAAGAAUUAGCAAAAGGAUCAUUUAAGUACAACUGUGCUUUGGUAAUGAUUGAUUUUUUUAUUCGUCACGGUAUUCUUACCUAUGAAAAUGAGCCCGACUUUGUCAACAUUGCCCAGCGCUGUCAUCGGGUAUUAGAGUUUCCUAUGAAAUAA